CUCGAGAAAAGACAAUGGCAGACUACAAACCUGGGCCAAUCAAGUUACAGGAGCAAGAUCUGAAGGGUAAAGUAGCUGUAGUCACUGGUGCGACCAAGGGAAUAGGCCGGGCAAUCACUCUCAAUCUAUCAAGCCGUGGCUGUUCUGUUCUCGGAACCUACUCUUCGCCCCAGUCGGCCCACAAUUUUGACGUUCUAUCGCAUACCGUUCACGAUCUUUACCGCGCCCCUGAAGCAGCGCAACACGCCCAGGGAGAAAAUGCCCCAAAAAUGAAGGGUGUCGUGGCAGACAUCACCUCCUUGCAAUCCACCGGCACGGUACUGGGGAGCUUGGAGCGGGAAUUUGGGAACAAGCUGGAUAUCCUGGUGUUGAACGUUGCCUACAACACACGCCCAUGUCUUGGCAGCGCGAGCGAAGACGAUGUGCAAAAAAGCCUGACGGCGAAUCUACAAUGGCCGAUUGUACUGAUGGAGAACAUCGCUCGAAACAAGUUGUUUCAACCAUGCUCUCGCGUCGUUGUCCUUUCCUCCGACCGCGUGCGCGACCCUUGCGCAGGUUCGUCCAUCUUCAACGCUACCAAGGCUGGGCUAGAAUCACUUGUACGCUCGUGGGCUCUCGAGUUGCCGCCCUUGUUCCCAGGCACAACGGUAAAUGCAGUGAGCGUCGGCUUGACGGAUACACCAGGGCUGAGAUCACUUCCUCCUGCCGACAUAGAGGGCUUGAAGAAGCAGCGAUUGCCAAAAGUGAAGGUGGUCGAAGGGGGUAGGAUGGGUUACCCUGAGGAUGUUGCUGACAUUGUAGGCUUUCUCGUUGGAGAGAAGGCCCGGUGGCAAAGUGGCAGUGUGGUAGCAGCAAACGGUGGAGCAGAGUUCCUGGGGUGA